CCAGCUUCUCACGGAGCAGCCGGAGAGCAGGCUUCGGGACGCAGCAGAGAGGAGGUACCAGGACCCUGGGCGCUCCACAGCUGUAACUCCUGCGUCCUCGACCCUCUCCCCACCCUAGCCGGCCCCUCCAACAUGUAUUGAUUCUGGUUGAAGCCUAGAGAAGACAUGUUCGUUGGACUCCGGGGUACAGAUUAGGGAGGGUUAGUGACCUGCGGAGUGUUGUGACCCAGACCCCAGAGCCAGCAAGGAGAACCCUGACCCCAACCCCUCUGCGUCAGCCAAUAGGAACCCAGCCACCAUGGCGGAACUGCAGGAGGUACAGAUCACAGAGGAGAAGCCGCUGUUGCCAGGGCAGACACCCCAGGUGGCCAAGGAGGCCGAGUUAGCUGCCCGAAUCCUCCUGGACCGGGGACAGACUCACUCUGUGGAGACACCUUAUGGCUCUGUCACUUUCACUGUCUAUGGCACCCCCAAACCCAAACGCCCAGCGAUUCUCACCUACCAUGAUGUGGGCCUCAACUAUAAGUCUUGCUUCCAGCCACUGUUUCAAUUCGGGGAUAUGCAGGAAAUUAUUCAGAACUUCGUGCGGGUUCAUGUGGAUGCCCCUGGAAUGGAAGAGGGGGCUCCAGUGUUCCCUUUGGGGUACCAGUACCCGUCUCUGGACCAGCUUGCAGACAUGAUUCCUUGCAUCCUGCAGUACUUAAACUUCUCCACAGUAAUUGGAGUUGGUGUUGGAGCAGGAGCCUACAUCUUAUCACGAUAUGCUCUUAUCCAUCCAGAUACUGUCGAGGGUCUUGUCCUCAUCAACAUCGAUCCCAAUGCCAAAGGUUGGAUGGAUUGGGCAGCCCACAAGCUAACAGGUCUCACCUCCUCCAUUCCGGAAAUGAUCCUUGGACAUCUUUUCAGCCAGGAGGAGCUAUCUGGAAAUUCUGAGUUGAUACAAAAGUAUAGAAAUAUCAUUACAUACGCACCCAACCUGGAGAACAUUGAGCUGUACUGGAACAGCUACAACAACCGCCGAGACCUGAACCUUGAACGGGGAGGUGCCGUCACCCUCAAGUGCCCCGUGAUGCUGGUGGUAGGAGACCAAGCACCCCAUGAAGAUGCGGUGGUGGAAUGUAACUCAAAACUGGACCCCACGCAGACCUCUUUCCUCAAGAUGGCCGACUCUGGAGGUCAGCCCCAGCUGACUCAGCCAGGCAAGCUGACUGAGGCCUUCAAGUACUUCCUGCAAGGCAUGGGCUACAUGGCCUCGUCCUGCAUGACUCGUCUGUCCCGGUCUCGCACAGCCUCCUUGACCAGUGCCGCGUCUAUUGACGGCAACCGGUCCCGUGCUCGCACCUUGUCCCAGAGCAGCGAGUCUGGGACUCUCCCUUCAGGGCCACCAGGGCACACCAUGGAGGUCUCCUGUUGAGUGACCCUUGUUACCCUGGUGUAGAACCCAGCCCUCACCUCCCCCAGCACUAACCUGGGAGGUGCAUAGGGCACUGGGCUGAAGUGAGCAAGGGAAGAUGGGCAGAUCAUGUGGGGAGACAACCUUGAUCUUUGAUUGCUACCCUAACCUUGACCUCUAACCUGUGAUUCCCCUCAGCUCCUGGGAGAGAUGUCCUAAUAUCUCUUAGGGACCCAGACCCCUAAAUUAUCCCUCUCCCAUAUUGUGGUGUCAAGUGGAGAGGGCAUGUAUCCCCUCUCCCUAAUCUAGGUGUCUGUAGAGAAGGGAAAAGAGGUUGUUGUACUUGUCCAUGGUGCCUCUGCCAGACUCUCCCUACUUAUCCUAUUGCAAGGGUAGGGGGCUGAGGCUCUGUUCACCAAAGCUGAUUUGGCUUCCCAUUAACCCUUCAGAUCCCUGAAGGAUGUGGGCAUAAGUGAAUGUGUGUCAGGGGAGGCUUGCUCGGGGGUUAGUGGUCCUCCGGAUGUAACAGAAAUAUCCAGUGUGUGAGAUGGAAGUUGGAAUGGGAGGUGGUGUGCAAUGAGCAAGUACAAGGAGGGACUGGAGCUCGGCCAGUAGGAGGGGCCUGGAGCCAUUGGCUGCACUAACUUUGGUAGCUGUCUAGACGGUGGUGUCUAGAGUGGGUGGUGGGAGGGAGCUAAGCUGGGGCAGGGUUGCUUGGGGUGUGGCAUAGGGGUGGGAAGGGCUACCCUGGGGGCUCUGACUACAGUGCCUUACAUGUAUGUGGAGGGUGCCCUCCUGUCUCCCACAAAUUCUGCUGUAACAAUAAACUGUAGAGGAAUCAGUACCACUA